AUACCUAUGUAGGCAUCCACUGGCGAAUCUAAGUAUAGGCCGAGGUCAACCCUGGGGCGCAAUCAGCAUGCAGUGGAUGAGUCUAUGCAACAUCAAAGAGCGCGCCAGGAUUUGAAUCGCCAAGGUAUAAAAGGUAAAGUCCAUCUGUUACUAUUUAACCCCUAUAAGAUGAUGUAGGGGGAAAUACUCCUGCUUGAUUUCAUAUGUGCUGUGGCCUUCUCAAAUUAAGCAAAGACCCCUUUUAAGCCUACAUACAAAAGCUACAAAACCGACAUAAUGUCCAAUUUCAAUCAGUAUACCGUCGGCUGGAUCUGCGCCGUCGAUACAGAAUUCAUUGCUGCCGAGAUGAUGUUCGACAGGAUACUUGAGGAGCCAGACGACAUAUCGCCCAAAGACCCAAACGGUUACAAGUUUGGUCAAAUUGAAGGGCAUAACGUGGUCGUCUCUUUGUUGCCGCAUUGCCAACACGGCAUUUCGAGUGCCACCGCCACUGUGAAGGACAUGCUACGGAGUUUCCCCAUCAGGCACGUUCUCAUGGUGGGCAUUGCGGGUGGAGCUCCAAACCUAGACGACGACAUUGACAUACGUCUGGGUGAUGUUGUGGUCAGCUCUCCAGGUUACAGCAAUGGGGGUGUGCUGCACUAUGGCUAUGGCAGGAAGGUGCAGGAUGAAGCAGACCCCUUACGCUUCGAAACCACCGGGUUCCUGAACCAGCCACCCAUGAGUAUGCUGAAUGCCAUGAACCUACUGAAGGCGACACAUCAGAUGAAAGGACAUCUGAUCCAAGAGAUCAUACAGGAGGCCCUAGGCAAGUGGCCAGAACUUAAGCAAGAACUCAGAAGAAAGCUGGAGCGUCCUAGUAUAAAAACCGACAAGCUUUAUAAAUCCCACGUUAUCCACGUCAAUGGCCAAACGACUUGCGACAAUUGCGGUUACCAAAAAUCAACUCUGGUCUCUCGGCCUCCGCGAGACUUGGACGAUGAUGACCCAGCGAUUCACUACGGGCUGGUCGCCUCUUCCGAUUCGCUGAUGGAGGAUGCUAAAAUGCGUGAUAGGCUCUCAAAAGAAAAGGGUGUGUUAUGCUUCGAGACGGAAGCUGCUGGAAUAAUGAACCACGUUCCAUGUAUCGUCAUUCGUGGAGUAUGGUAUUAUUCCGACAGCCAUAAGAACGACAUAUGGCAAGGCUACGCAGCAAUGACAGCCGCUGCAUAUGCCAAAGAACUUCUCGGCCAGCUAAGACCUGAUCGGGUGGAAGCCCAAAUAAGGCUUAUCGACAGAAUCGAUGAGGCCUUCUCUAGUGUGAAUAAGGGGGUGCAGAGCAUCAAGAUGGACCUCCAUCAGGACAAUACCACCCACUGGCUUUUACCGUCGGGCCCCUCUAUAAAUCACAAUACAGUGCAAGAGCAGCACCACCAUGAGACUAACCAGUGGCUUCUACGCAAUGGUCCUUAGUCCGCCUGGAUAACACGACCUAACGCGUUUUUGUGGCUGAAUGAUAUCCCUGGGCGCAGGACAACCAUCCUUAGCUCUACCGUCAUCGUAG